ACUGCGAAAGUAUUUUGCAUUGAAAGUUGUUAAAUUUUUCGUCCCAGUGAUCGGGAAACGCAGAGGAAAGCUGCGAAUUUUCGUAGUCGAACGUGGAGCGGCGUCGUAUGAAUCGAUAUUGCGGGCGUCGAACGUCAGUCGGCCGACGCGAGGCGUCCUUACCGCACAUACGUACAACCCACACGAACGCACAUUCUCUCGUAACCUGAAAGUGUUACUCUUUCUACUGUUUAUUCCUAUCAAUUUUUCAUCACAGAAACAGGUGUCUGAUACACUUGACUGCUUCCGUUAACCACUUUCCAUAUACCAUGGUGCCUGUACCUGUGUCCACCGGAAUAAACCAGUGACAUACCUAAUAACAUGUGCACACUUAUUGCCCUGAACGUGAUCUUCAGUGGAGGCUAAUUUCCAGUCUUUGACACCGCUUCAAAAGGGACCCCAGUCUUCCUCAUUAUGAUUCCGUCUAAAUACUGUGAUCAACCCGGAACCUCCAGGCGGGCACUUGAAACAUGCGAAUUAAGGCAUAUGACCCAUUCACCUUCGAUGGGCGGUCGCCAUUUGAGCAAAUCCGCAUCCGAACUAAGCAGCCCACGGGAGAUGCCUGAAAUUCGACCUCGGUCUGCAGCACCGCCCGGCACUCUGCAUACCUCUGUCUACCAAAAGGCACACACUUUCUUCUCGCAGUUAAAAAGUCGUUGGGGGCACAGCAAAAGGGAAAGACGACACAAAUCGCCAGGACGCCAGGAUUCGACAACAGAUUACGCGGCAGACCUCAGCAGUGAUCAUAGCACACCUAGCACACAAAGUCCUAGGCACAGACUACAUACUCAUCACGACUCUCCAUUAAGCCGUGCGUGCGGUGACACCCCUCACAGCUCACCAGGAGGUUCACCCAGACCAAGAGCCCCAACACCCGGCGCCGUGGCCGGCCUUGACCUCAUUCCGUUGACGUCCAGUGAUGAAAUUACCCGAAGAAGAGAGACGGCCUUACGUCAGCAUUCGUUUUUUCAACUGCGGAUAUACUUGCGCCGAGGCCAUGGACUGGUUGCAAUGGAUAAAAAUGGAACCAGCGAUCCUUAUGUUAAAUUCAAAUGCGGAGGGCGGUUAAUUUAUAAGUCGCGAACUGUCUACAGAGACUUAAAUCCCGUCUGGGACGAGAGUUUCACCGUUCCAAUCGAAGAUCCUUUUGUUCCUAUAAUUAUUAAAGUCUUCGAUUAUGAUUGGGGUUUACAGGACGACUUUAUGGGUUCGGCACAACUGGAUUUAUCCACUCUGGAGCUCUCGAGAUCAAUGGAUUUAACGUUGAUGCUGCAGGAUCCUGUCAGACCGACGACUUCGUUAGGAGAGAUCAUCUUAACAGUAACUCUGCAGCCCAAAUCGCAAGAGGACAAGGAUCAG